GAGAAACUCUGUGAGAGAGUAGGCGAGUGAGUAGCCCGCGCCAGCCCGUCAGCCAGAGUUUUUGAUCCUUCCAACGCCAAAAAGACAAACGAACGCCAUAAUUGCUGCAGUGAAGGCCAUUACUUGACAAGGAGCCUCUUCGUUUCCAGUUGGGGCCUUCACUUUCGAUCAACUUCCAUAAACCUCCACCUCCGAAUUCGAGAGACAAGCAAAAGGAACAGUUUUCAGAGAAGAAAUGCUUGGAGUCGGCGGAGAUACUCCUUCCAGGUAUGAGUUGUUGACUAUGGUGAAGAAGCACUCGGCCUUCUUAGGGCGGGAAGAGAACCAAGAUCCUUCUGAUGCUCAAAUGGACAUUCGGUUUUGGCGUGAUGUGUUUGAUAUGUACUUUGUCCGUGGCAAAGGGACGAGUGGAAGGGAAGAGGAUGAUCUCAUUUUCUUUGUUAAGAAGAAGAUGGCACAGGAAAGAGGUGCCGGUGAUGACGAGGAUGAUGACUCGCCAUACUUUGUGCGCAGGUGGGCACCUAAGUUGGAUCAUCUAAUAACUGAGAGUUCAGUAGACGUGGACUGGGGGCGCUCAUUUUACCUGAACAUGAUAGCACACACAUCAUACACAGUAACUGUAGCAAUUUGCAGUCACCAUGUCCUUCAGAAUCAUCAAGCUGGCCAGAAUAUGCCUUUGUCUCCCGUAUACAAGGUUGUGAAGACUGUUUAUGCAUCACCAAGUCGUGUAAAUUUUCAUCUGGACUCUAAAAAGGAAGUGGAGACGACACCUGCCUAUCCGGAAAUAUGUUUUGCAGUUGAUGAUUUCGACUCCACUUUUGAUGCUGUGGUCUUGACGGAAAGAGACCAUUGCUAUUGUGUGCUUCUAAAUGCACAUGACGGGGCAGCAUUUCCUAAUGAAAAGGAGUCCCAUGAUAGUGGGUCUAGUAACACCUCCGGUUCUGCAAAGAUGAAAGCAUCUAAGCUCACUCUUUUCUCUGGAUUUGUAAGCUACCAAAUGGUUCGACAAGCUUAUGAGGCUGGCAAGCCUGGGUUUGGGAGCCUUCUUUCACUUGGACAGUCACCCCGUAAACCAGACAGGCUUUUCAUGAAAGGUCCAGGGGGUCGAGGGGAAGUGGAAGUCGCAGUUUCUGGUGUUGCAGGUAUUUUGAAAAUUCCCUCUAAUAAUAAUUCUCUUACCAAUCCUCUCCUGCAUAAUUUUAGAGUUUUCUUUGCUAUACUAAAACUUGGGUUUUUUAAAGAUCAAAGCCAGGUAGGGGAUAUCGGUCCUUUCUCACCUCUCGCAUCAAAGAAAGGAUUUGGGAUUGGGUCAAUUAUGAAAAGAGCAGCAUCUGUUGCAUCUGAAGCUGCAAAGAAUGCUUAUGCUGCUGCUUCAUCCUCAGCUGGUUCUGACGACGAAAUGUUGCCCCUCAAGUGCUGCUUGAUGUCCAUCUCAUUACCUUGGGAAGACAUUGCUUGUGAUCUCUUAUUCAAGGGAAGUCCUCCGGUAAACAUGUGAAAAUUAUAUUCCCUAGCCCUUGGAUGGAAACAUACCCCUGGUCGGAAGAUGAUACAAAGACUAUAGUUGCAUGGAUUCCAAGUUGUAAAUUGAAAUUUCUUCUUUCCCUCCCUCCCGUCUGAGAAAUGUCAUGCUGUUUGUUGUUCAUUGUACUGUAUAAAAUUGCCAACGAUGCAAAUAGGUAUAUUCAAAUGUGUGCCUCCCUCCUUGUUCCCAGAAUUCAAAUCCAGUAGUCGACCUUGAGUUUUAGUAUUCUGUUCAGACUUUCUCUUCUUCUCCAUUGAUGAUUGAACCGGAUUGUAAGCGACCCAAUAGCUUAUGCGAUGAAAUGCAGUCUCCCUGCCGUUAUCCAAGUACAAAAUGUAAUCUAUAUGGCUGAAUUGGAACCAGA